UUUUAUUCGUACUCUCUUUCAUCUCUGUUGUUUUGGCCUGGUGAUUAUGUCUUCAUCGCCCUCUCUGCGUAAGAGGGGCGGCAAGAGAGAGGACACCCCGGUGCCCUCUGACCGUUCUUUCGCUCCUUCAGCUUCACAAUUGGGCGCAGCAUCGCGCUCGUCAGAAUGGGAUUAUCGGCUGGCCAUUACCAUUCUGACCGUGCUAGCUUUUAUCACUCGAUUCUAUAAGAUUUCCUACCCUGAUCAAGUUGUUUUUGACGAGGUGCAUUUUGGAAAGUUUGCGUCUUACUAUCUACGACGAACGUACUUCUUUGAUGUUCAUCCUCCGUUUGCCAAACUCCUGCUCGCCUUCACCGGCUGGCUAGUGGGCUAUGACGGCCACUUCCUGUUUGAAAACAUCGGCGACUCAUACAUUGACAACAAGGUCCCCUAUGUCGCCCUCCGUGCUAUGCCCGCCGUCCUUGGUGCCCUCACGAUCCCCGUGGUAUUCCUGAUUAUGUGGGAGUCAGGUUACUCCCUGCCGGCUUGUGUUUUGGCCUCGGGUCUAGUCCUAUUUGACAAUGCCCAUGUUGGUGAGGAUCGAUUGAUCUUGCUAGACUCGACUCUGGUCAUCACUAUGGCCCUGAGCAUCUUGUGCUACAUCCGGUUCUAUAAGCUACGCCACGAGCCCUUUGGGCGAAAGUGGUGGAAGUGGCUUCUCCUGACCGGUGUGUCUCUGAGUUGUGUCAUCUCCACCAAGUACGUGGGUGUGUUCACCUUCGUCACUAUCGGCUCGGCUGUCAUGGUUGAUUUGUGGAAUCUGCUGGACAUCAGACGACAAGGCGGCGCUCUCACCAUGUUUGAAUGGACCAAGCACUUUGCGGCUCGCUUCUUCUCUCUCAUUGUUGUCCCGUUUUUCUUCUACCUCUUCUGGUUCCAGGUCCACUUCGCUAUCCUGACGCAUUCCGGCCCUGGCGAUGAUUUCAUGACACCUGCUUUCCAAGAGACAUUGAGUGACAACGCCAUGGCAGCGCAAUCGGUCAGUAUCGAAUACUUCGACACCAUCACUAUGCGCCACAAAGAUACCAAGGUAUUCUUGCACAGUCAUUCCGAUACCUAUCCACUGCGCUAUGAUGAUGGCCGUAUCUCCAGCCAGGGCCAGCAGGUGACCGGGUACCCCUACAACGAUACCAACAAUCACUGGCAAAUCAUUCCCACCGUUCCUUUGGACGAAACUGAUGAGAAGAGCCGCAAAGUGCGCAACGGUGAUAUCGUCCAGCUUCGCCAUGUGGCUACCGACACUAUUCUCCUCACCCAUGACGUAGCCUCGCCUUAUUACCCUACCAAUCAGGAAUUCACUACAGUUUCGCACGAGCUAGCCGAUGGAAAGAGACAUAACGACACAUUGUUUGAGAUCAGGGUUGAGCAUGGCAAAUCUAAGCAGGAAUUCCGGACUCUGUCCAGUCAGUUCAAGCUGGUUCACGUACCCACCAAAGUCGCAAUGUGGACCCAUACAACCCCUCUGCCGGAUUGGGCUUAUAAGCAAGCCGAGAUUAACGGUAACAAAAACGUCUUGCAGAGCAGCAACAUUUGGUAUGUGGAGGCUAUUGAGUCUUUAGAAGAGGAUAGCCCUCGUCUCAAGAAGGAAGAGCGCAAGGUCAAGCAUUUGCCGUUCUGGAGGAAGUACAUUGAGCUUCAGCGUGCCAUGUUCUUCCACAACAACGCCCUCACCAGCAGCCACCCAUACGCGAGCGAGCCGUUCCAGUGGCCGUUCCUUCUCCGCGGUGUCAGCUUCUGGACAAAGAGUGACACCCGCGAGCAGAUCUACUUCCUGGGUAACCCUGUUGGAUGGUGGAUCUCCAGCAGUCUUUUAGCUGUGUUCGCCGGUGUCAUCGGCGCUGACCAGCUCUCUCUCCGCCGCGGUGUCGAUGCUGUCGAAGAAAUUUGGGGUCCGGGCUCCCGCUCCCGAUUGUACAACAGCACGGGCUUCCUCUUCCUCUGCUGGGCCGCCCACUACUUCCCCUUUUGGCUCAUGGGUCGCCAACGUUUCCUGCACCACUACCUCCCUGCGCAUGUCGCGUCAGCACUCGUGACUGGCGCCCUGAUUGAAUUCAUAUUCAACAUCCAGCCCAUCUCCGUUCCAGCAACCAUUCCCGUAGCCGCGGAUGAUCCCACUGGCAAGGGCAAAACCCGACGCUUCGUCACUGCCCGGGAACGCAUGGGCGUCAAGUCCAUUGUCGCCGGCUGGAUUGCGUCCCUUACCAUCCUAGCAGCUACUAUCUGGGGCUUCUGGUUCUUUGCGCCAUUGACCUAUGGAACACCUGGUUUGGAUGUUGCGCAAGUGAACGCGAGGAAGUGGCUUGGCUAUGACUUGCACUUCGCGAAAUAG